UAAACCCCUAAAAUUUAAACCCUAAUUCUAAGUCCUCUUCACUUCCAGUUGCAGAGUGACGGAGCCAUAAACCCAAAAACCUCCCAAUUCCCAUUUUGUAGGUAUAAAAAUAUAUAUAUAAAUAGACAAACACAAGAAGGCACAAUAUUGAAUAAGCAAAGAUGGAGGAUGAAGCAGUGAACAAUGUUAUGUGCCAAUUCACAGACCCAGAAGGGACGCCACUUGGAGCUCCUCUAUAUCUUCCUCAAAACGCUGGUCCACAACAACUUCAACAAAUCGUUAAUAAGCUUCUUAACAAUGAAGAGAAGUUACCGUAUGCUUUUUAUAUAUCGGAUCAAGAGCUUGUUGUGCCACUUGAAACUUACUUACAGAAAAACAAAGUUUCGGUGGAGAAGGUACUGGCGAUUGUUUGUCAACCACAAGCUAUUUUCCGAAUUCGUCCAGUUAAUCGUUGUUCAGCGACUAUUGCUGGUCAUGCGGAAGCUGUACUUUCAGUUGCCUUUAGUCCUGAUGGGCGGCAGCUGGCCAGUGGCUCUGGGGAUACCACUGUUCGUCUAUGGGACCUUAAUACCCAGACACCGAUGUUUACAUGUACAGGACAUAAGAAUUGGGUUCUUUGCAUUGCAUGGUCACCAGAUGGUAAGCAUCUGGUGAGUGGGAGCAAGGCUGGAGAACUUCAGUGUUGGGAUCCUCAGACGGGAAAGCCAUCAGGGAAUCAGCUUGUGGGCCACAAGAAAUGGAUUACUGGCAUAUCUUGGGAACCAGUCCAUUUGAAUGCUCCUUGCCGUCGCUUUGUUAGUGCUAGCAAAGAUGGAGAUGCACGCAUAUGGGACAUAUCACUAAGAAAAUCUGUUAUUUGUCUUAGUGGACACACACUUGCAAUAACUUGUGUAAAAUGGGGUGGAGAUGGAGUAAUUUAUACUGGCUCCCAGGAUUGUACCAUUAAAGUGUGGGAAACAUCACAAGGGAAGCUUAUUCGUGAAUUGAAGGGUCAUGGGCAUUGGGUUAACUCUCUCGCAUUGAGCACUGAGUAUGUUCUUCGCACAGGAGCUUUUGAUCAUACAGGAAAAACACAUUCUUCUCCAGAGGAAAUGAAGAAGGUUGCUCUGGAAAGGUACAAUAAAAUGAAAGGCAAUGCUCCUGAAAGACUAGUUUCAGGUUCUGAUGAUUUUACCAUGUUCCUCUGGGAACCCGCUGUCAGCAAACACCCUAAAACUCGCAUGACAGGUCAUCAACAGCUUGUAAAUCAUGUAUACUUCUCACCUGAUGGGAAUUGGGUAGCUAGUGCAUCAUUUGAUAAAUCUGUGAAGCUAUGGAAUGGCAUUACUGGGAAAUUUGUUGCUGCUUUUCGUGGCCAUGUCGGACCUGUUUAUCAGAUCAGCUGGUCCGCGGACAGUAGGCUUCUUUUAAGUGGGAGCAAAGACUCUACGCUGAAGAUUUGGGAUAUACGAACACAGAAAUUAAAGCAAGAUCUUCCUGGCCAUGCAGAUGAGGUAUUUGCCGUUGAUUGGAGUCCAGAUGGUGAGAAAGUAGCUUCUGGUGGUAAGGAUAGAGUAUUGAAAUUAUGGAUGGGCUAAGAUUAACUGAUGGGGACAAAGCUACUGGGAGACGGUUGAAAUGUUAAAUGAUGUAAUGAUUUGGCUGUCAAACAACAAUCUAUUUGGUAAUAUCCGAAUAUAUGCUGCAAGUGGUAUGCACAUUCUUUCGGGAACAAGUAACUGAUGUAUCAGCUAUGAGAAGGAUUCGUCUUUUCACCUUGGUACCAUAAUUUUGCGACAUUUGUCACAGGUGUUGCAGAGGUAGAAAUUUGGAUUCUAGCAUAUCUGUCACAAUUUUCAGGUCGCACAAACUUGCAUGGAUGUGCUGAAUCUGAAUAGAAGAUAGGUAAAAAAUGGCUAAAGCUUUUAUAAUGUGAACAAUUUUGCAAGAUUUUCAUCCUUUUCUUGUGUGUAUCAUUAUAUAGGCUAGAGUUGUGGAUCCACCUUGAUAUGCUGUGAAUGUCAAAACUUCGUGUUAGUUAUUUUCCUGAAUCUACAGUAUUGAAAUAUAGUGGAAACUUGUGUUAA